GAGCAUUGACAGCAUCGCAUCAAACAAGAAAUAAAAUCAGUCCCCCUAUAUCAACCCAGUCUCUCCCCCCUUUCCCUCACCCAUGGCGUCCAAUUCUAAUAUCGAUAUUGAGGGUGCGACCCAGCACCUUCGGGACAUCCUCAAGCUCGACCGCCCCGGCUCCGAUGCACAAUCGAGCAACGGUCAGAGAAAGCCUUCUUUUAACGGAGAGCUAAAUGGGUUAUUAGGAACGGCGGGCAUUUUAGGCGAUCUGUCAACCAUGUCAGAAUCCACCCGGCCGAUCUCCACGGAUCUAAGCAUCACUCAGGAGACCCAGGUCAUCUGCCUCUCUGGCGAUGACGGGUCGACCUGCAUCCCCAUCACUUCCAACAAUGUGGAGAUCGUGGCGAGCCAAGACUCUGGCAUCAACAGCAAAGCUCGAGGCAGCAACAAGGUGAAGAUUCAACCUGUUGCCAAGUACGACUGGGAGCACAAGUAUUAUUAUGGGAGACUGAUAGCUGUGUCCAACUCCUUCUUGGCCUAUGCUAUCAGAGGAGCCAACAACCACGCUAUGAUUCGUGUCCUGAGUGUGGGUUUUGCUGAGCGUUCCCUGCUGAAGGGCUUCACCGGAGCCGUCACAGACCUGGCUUUCGCCCACCUCGACUCCUCCCUGUUGGGCUGCGUCGACGAAGCCGGCAACCUGAUGGUCUGGCAGCUCACCUGCACUGGCAGCAAGAUACUAGAUCAGAUCGUGGUUCACAUCCGACGACCAGACGACACGCCGCUGAACUUGCACCGUCGUCUCGUCUGGUGCCCUUUCAUCCAAGACGAGAACGAGGAGAACCAGGACGACACCAGCCAGACGUUGGCCCUCCUACAUGAAGACAGGGCUGAGGUGUGGGACCUUGAAGUCUUGAGAGCCAACAAUAGCAGUUGGCCUAUUGAUGCCACAGAUCUGAAAGAAGGUCUCAUCACUGUCAAGGGAUAUACGCAGCGAGUCAGUGAAGGUGCCCUGUCUCCAGAUGGAACCGUGUUAGCCACAGCCAGCCAUGAUGGAUACAUCAAGUUCUGGCAGAUAUACAUAGAAGGGGGACAGGACAAGCCAAGAUGUCUUCACGAAUUGCGACCUCACGGAGGACGUCCCCUCUCCUGCCUUUUCUUCUGCGACAACCACAAGAGGCAGGACCCCGAGGUUCCUUUCUGGAGGUUUCUGAUAACCGGAGCGGAUCAGAACCAGGAGUUGAAGAUGUGGUGCACUGUUUCCUGGACCUGUUUACAGACCAUCAGGUUCUCUCCAGAUCCGUUCAACUCAACAGUUCAGCCAAGUCUGAAGGCUAGUCUGGACCUCUCCGCUGAGUAUCUCAUCCUCACUGAUGUACAGAGGAAGGUCCUCUAUGUGAUGGAGCUGCGGCAGGACCUGGAGAGAGGCAAGGCCAGUUUCACAGCUGUGUCCGAGUUCCUGCUGACCCACCCUGUGCUCAGCUUCGGGGUCCGCGAUGUCACUCACAGCCGCUUGCGACACACUGAGGUGCUCCCUGCAGAGGAGGAGAGUGAGAGCAUGACAACAGAGGGCACUCAAGGACCCACAGAGUCCAAGUCUGGGAUCCAGAUUAAACUCUACUGUGUUCACACCAAGAGUCUGCAGGAUGUCCAGAUCUGGUUCCAGCCCAAUGCGAGUUCCAGCUCGGCACUCUUCCUGCCCCACUCUGAUUCUCAGGAUGGUUUUGCUUCGUUUUCAGACCACCUGACAGACCAGAGCUCCGACAAGGAAUCGGGAAGCGGCUCCCAGACAGACUUGAGGAAGAUCCCUUCGCUUCCCGCUCCCACCGACUUCCUGUCAAACUUGGCCGCCAGCAGCGGGGUGAUGCCCAAGCUGAUGACUCCCGACGCCUUCAUGACACCAAGCACUUCAGUACCGGCAUCCCCCGGCAGCAGUGCCAGCAGUCUGACCAUAGUAACAGCCAUCAGUAGCAACUCUGACUCAACUAACAGAGCUACGGACGACGUCAGCCAGAGUCCCAACAGAGCAGAGAACAACAGCAGCAGUAGUCUGGCACUCUCCACCUCCACCAACAGCCCGAGACCCGCUUCUGCUGUGCUGCUGCCUGGACUGGAGAACCUGCAGGUGCUGGCGUCUCCUAGCGGCCCCCUCACCCUCGACAGCAGGGAGAUUCAGGUCCUGGACUCUCCCCUCCUGCCACCACUGGCCUCCCCGACUCGGGCCCGCUCCCCAGACGUCAUCUCCUCAGCCUCCACAGCCAUGUCCCAGGACAUGCCGGAGAUCGCAUCCCAGACCCUGCAGCCUCAGCGCAGUCUAGUGUGCAGCUUGGAGCCUUUGACUCCUCUUUCCGCUCUCCAGACAGACAGCAUGGCGUCCGCCGCCUCCGCCCUGCACCUGCUCACCUCGUCGCGCACAGCCAACAACAACAGCCUGCUGCCCCUCGAGCUCGGAGGUGCAGAAGGACCGGUCGGCGGGUCAGUAGAUUCAGAGCCCAGACUCAGCCACACCCCAUCUCUGUUAGAGACGGCCUUAUCGCACGAGAACCCAGCGGCGGGAGGAGGCUCCUCAGACGGUAGCGUCAGCCACACACCAUGGCCGGCAGCGCCUGACAUCACCAGGGAAACUAGGAAUAGUCUGAGGGAUAACGGUCUCGCAGACUGCUCAAGAGAAGAGUCGAAGGACAGACUGCUGAGUUCACCUUACCCUCGACGAUCGUACCACCUCACACAGAAUGACAGUCAGGAUGCCGGUGCCGAGCAGAGUGACCCGGACGAUGAGGUGUCCAGCUUGGCGUCGUCCUCUGGGAACUGUGGCUCUCGCUCUUCUCACAGACUACCAGUUAAGGAUUGGAAGACAUCACCACGAGCCUCGCCAAAACUGAAGAGAAAGCCCAAGAAAGACGACGGUGAAUCAUCCCAAUCAAGGCAAAUGGACUCUGGUCAGAUGAAUGCAGAGGUACAGGAAGAGUUGUUGAUGCUCCUGCGCAGCCAGCAGAGGGAGUUAACUGAUCUGCGUGGACAGAUUGAGGCAAUGCAGAGCUCCAUUAUGACCCAGGUGGAGCACGUCCUGACCAACCACCAGGAACAAGAACAGCGCAGACUGGAGCGAGUUCUGGUCGAGAGUCAAAAUCAUCAGCAGCAGCUUCAGGAACAACUCGGCCAGCAGCUCAGCCACACCCUCUGCUCCGCCCUCACUAACAGAAUGGACAAAGUGCUAAGAGAGGAAAUGAAGAAAACCGUUCCACCAACAAUCUCUAAGAGUUUGGAGCCAGUGACUGGUCAGCUGAACAACACAAUCGCUGCCAAACUGACCGCUGUGGAGGUCAGCCUGAAGGACAAUGUCAGCAAGGUGGUUAAAUCCAAGAACACGACAGACGCAAUUGGUCGCGCGGCAGCCGAAGCGAUGCAGGGGCCCAUCCAGGCAGCCUAUAAAGACGCCUUCCAGAGCAUCGUGCUGCCUGUUUUCGAGAGGGGCUGCCAGUCCAUGUUUCAGCAAAUCAACGACAGCUUUAAACAAGGGACACAAGAAUACAUCCAGCAGCUCGAGACCCACGUCAAGAACAGAAGGCAGAGGGAGCAGGAGACGCGGGACCCCAUGAUCGGCCAGCUCCAGCAGAUGAUGGACAGCUUCCAGAGCUCCACCGAUCAGCUGGCCAACAGCAUCACCACCAACGUCCGGGCCGAGGUCCAGCAUCAAAUCCAGAUGAUGGUGGGAAACUUGCAGGAGUCUAUUCUUAGCCACGUGCAGCGCAUUGUCAAAGGAGAGGUGAGCCUGGCGAUGAAGGAGCAGCAGGCGGUGGUCACCUCCAGCAUCAUGCAGGCGAUGAGGUCAGCGGCCGGCACGCCCGUCCCCACGGCGCACCUCGACUACCAGACGCAGCAAGCCAACAUCCUGCAGCUCCUCCAGCAGGGACAGCUCAACCAGGCUUUCCAGCAGGCUCUGUCAGCCACAGAUCUGAACCUGGUCCUGUACGUGUGCGAGACCAUCGACUCUCAGCAGGUGUUCGGCCAGCACCCCUGUCCUCUGAGCCAGCCCGUGCUGCUGUCGCUCAUCCAGCAGCUCUCCUCCAACCUCUCCACUCGCUCCGAGCUCAAAAUCAGUUACCUGGAGGAUGCCGUGAUGAAUCUGGACCACGGCGACCCCCUCACAAGAGACCACAUGGCCUCCAUGCUGGCCCAGGUCAGACCGAAGCUGUUUGCCUUCCUGCAGCAGGACCCCCACAGCCCACUCACCAAGAGGGCGCGGCGCCUGAUGAUGAUGCUGCAGGGACUCGUCAAUCACUAAUCCUCCAUUUAAGAAAAACAGAACAAAAAACAAACCCCGGUGCAGAAGAGAUGACUCCCUCACACUACACAUCACUGAGUCCAUUUAUGUUCAGUUUCCAAAGGAGAGAAAGAGCAUCCUGGAUCAGCACCCAGGACAGCCUCACCCCACUUUGAGCAGGUUCUCACUAGUUUGAGAUGACUGAUGAUGAUGAUGAUGAUGAUGAUGUCACUGCAGCACUUGGGAGCUGGAGCUAAAAGCAAAGGAAACAAAAAGAGCUCCAGGAAUUUUGGGAGGAUUUGGUGGUAUUAUACAGGCUGGAGAUUAGUUUUAGACCUCAAGAGGAAGGUUCCCCACUAGUCCCUCCAGUCCCUCACCACAACUCUAACCCCCCC